CACACGUAACCGGAAUUCAGGGAAAGUCUCUGUUCUUCUUCCUCACUUCCACUUGCUGCUCUUUCCAAGAGAGCGGAAGAACGGUGAGAGUGAUCGAGCUCUGGAUCGAGAGAGAUGGCAGUGCAUCAGGGUAGGUUAUGCAGCCCCGGUGUGCUGAAGGGGACGGUAACAGUGAUCGCACUGUGCUUGGCUGGUUACAUAUUGGGUCCUCCACUUUACUGGCACUUAAGCGAGGGCUUGGCCGCUGUUAGUGGCGCUUCCUCUUGCCCUCCCUGCGUCUGCGAUUGCACUUCUCAUCCUCUUCUUUCCAUUCCCGAAGGAUUACGAAACACCUCCUUUGCAGAUUGUGGGAAGCAUGACACAGAGGUGAGUGAAGACACUGAGAAGAACUUCACGGAGCUGUUGUCAGAGGAAUUGAAGCUAAGAGAAGCUGAAGCAUUGGGGAAUCAUCAGCGUGCUGACAUGGCAUUACUCGAGGCAAAGAAAAUGGCAUCUCAGUAUCAAAAGGAGGCGGACAAGUGCAAUUCAGGGAUGGAGACUUGUGAGGAAGCGAGAGAAAAGGCUGAAGCUGCAUUGUUGGGACAGAAGAAACUGACUGCAAUGUGGGAGAUGAGGGCUCGUCAAAGAGGAUGGAAAGAAGGUUCCACAAAGUCUCGUGCUCACUCUCAAUAUGUUCAGGCUGUGUAGGAAGGCUCACUAGGGAAGUAUUGGUAGAGUCUCGAGGGCAAUUUUCAUCCACACUGCACACUAGUUCGGUAGUAAUCAAAGAAUUUCCUACUUGGGUUUGCAGCUCGAAGAGGAGCAUUUUGAGAGAGAGAGAGAGAGAGAGAGAGAAGGGGGGGGGGUGUUGGACUUAAGUUGGAGGAGAGGUGGCAUGUACUAUACACAGUUGCAUCCCUCUGAGUCUGUUUAGUGAUUUUACUUGUAUUGUUCAGAUUCAUGAAUCUGAUCAGUUUUGAUCAAUUGCAUUGCCUUUGUUAACUGAUAUAGAGACAUCCCUUGCCUCUUGAAGGAAUUCAAAGUGUAAGAGAAAAGUUCAUUAUUUACCAUUUUA